AGUGUGUGAAGGACUGUACCAGUAAAACAGGAAGAGCCGGUGUGUGUAUCAUGCCACCAGAGUACCCUGCUGUGUUGCAGACUUCAGUGUGUGUUUGUGUUGGUGAAGAGAGUGACUUACACAUGUCUUUCUGUGUUUUCUUGCAGUCUGCGGCUGUCGCCGAUGGUGAGCUGAACAGUGUGGACCUGAAAGGCUGCGGCAGUGAUAACAGUCUGAACAGCAAUGCCAGCCUACCUAGCGUGCAAUGCCAUAGACGCCACACUGAACGGCGCGUUGCAUCAUGGGCCGUCUGCUUCGAGCGGCUGCUACAGGAUCCCGUCGGUGUCCGAUACUUCUCGGAGUUUCUGAAGAAGGAGUUCAGUGAGGAGAAUAUUUUAUUUUGGCAAGCAUGUGAAUAUUUCAGUCAUGUUCCUGGAACAGACAAGAAACAGCUGUCCCAGAGGGCCCGAGAGAUCUACAACAGCUUCCUGUCGAGUAAGGCCACCACACCCGUCAACAUUGAUAGUCAGGCUCAGUUGGCUGAUGACAUCCUCAACGCUCCGAGGCCAGACAUGUUCAAAGAGCAGCAGCUACAGAUCUUUAACCUGAUGAAGUUUGACAGUUACACUCGCUUCCUAAAGUCCAACCUGUAUCAAGAAUGUAUGCUUGCAGAGGUGGAGGGCCGUCCUCUUCCAGACCCCUACCAGGUCCCCAGUAGUCCCACGUCCAAACACAGCACAAGCUCUGACCGCUCCAACCUCUCUACACCUAAAAAGGAUGACAAAAAGAGUAAAUCGGGAAGGUCACUAAAUGAAGACAGCAGAGAUGAACAUAGCGAUAAAAAGAAAAGUGUUUUCUUCUCCUGGUCCAGAAAUAGAAGUUUCGGAAAAGGAUCUAAGAAGAAGGACCUUGGAGACUACAGCUUUACUGGUAAUAACGGACGGAGAGAAUCACAGGGCUCUUUGUCGUCUGGUGCGAGUUUGGAACUUGCAACCUCUGGGUCUGGAAAAAACGAGGGUGAGGUGUCGCGUAACUCCAUGUCGUUGUCUGAGCGUGCCGUGCGUCACUGUAACAUUAACCUUCCGGAUGGUUCAUGCAGCUCGGUACCCAUCAGGCCUGGCGUCUCCAUCAGAGAGCUGCUCUUAGGCUUGUGUGAGAAGCUCAGUAUUAAUCUGGCUGCUGUGGAUCUGUUCUUAGUAGGAGGAGAAAAGCCUUUAGUGUUGGACCAGGACUGCAUGACACUGUGCUCCAGAGAUCUGCGGCUGGAGAAACGUACGCUAUUCCGACUGGAUCUGGUGCCUAUAAACCGUUCUGUUGGGCUGAAAGCAAAACCCACCAAGCCAGUUACAGAAGUGCUGAGGCCGGUGGUGGCCAAAUAUGGCCUGAACUUAGGAGACCUGGUGGCCAGGAUAAGUGGAGAGAAAGAGCCGCUGGAUCUUGGGCUUCCUAUAUCUAAUCUAGAUGGACUGAGGGUGGUUCUGGAAGCAGGAGACCAUGUUCCAGGAAAAGGCAAGAUGCACAUACACAUAACAGGACAGACAUCCUUCGCAUCAUCCAGUCUGACUCUUUGAUUUUACACACUGUGAAAAAAAUAUCAUGAAGGUCAGAGAAUUUUAUUUCCUACAUAUGUAUUUUAUAGUUAUCUAGAUCUGUAAUUCCUCUUGAUAGCUGUAUAAACAAUUAGGCAUCUGUAAGGUCCCUUUUGAAAUAGAAAUGCACUUUAGUUUACUUUUAAAAAGAAAUAAUACACUUUAAAAGAAUAUACUUAAGUGCAAACUAAAUGGAAUGGUUUAGACAUUUAAUUGUGUGUUAAUUUCAAUUAAAUGAAAAUAUAUUAUUGUUGAAUUUUAUUAUUCUAUUGUUUUUGAAAUAUGGUUGUAAGAGUGCUGCCAAAUAUUCUGAUGAGCAUUCAUGGUAAACUAAAAUAUACUUUAAUGUGAUUUGUUUUAUUUACAUAUAUUUGUAAUGAUGAAGGUGCAAUUGCGUACAUUUAAAAUGUAUUAAUGUAAUGUAAUACAGAAUCACAUACUACAGUAAAAAUUAUAGUCAAGUUCAUAUGCGUUAGUAUGUGUCAACACAUCAAAGUAAGUGUACUCAUUCACUUUGCAUUAUGAAAGUAAAAUGGGUUAUGUAUGCCUUGCUUGCUCUUAAGCUUGAACAGAAUAAGUUAACUUUCUCCCUCUCUAAACAGACAAACAAAAGCUGGUCUCAUCUAAAAGUCUUGGUCCACCUCUGUCUACGCGAAGCCAGUCUGCCACAGGGGAGGACAAAGCGGCAGGAAAGGCUUCGGCUGUGAAAACCAGGGCCCAGGUGGAAAAGCGCAAACAGAAAAAGCUUAAUAUAGAUGAAGCUGAAGAAUUCUUCGAGCUCAUAUCCAAAGCACAGAGCAACAGAGCUGACGACCAGCGGGGUUUGCUGAACAAAUCCGACCUUGUCCUUCCGGACUUCCUGCGCCUCGACACGGAAGCAGACAGCAACAACCUCAGCUCCACCCCUGUCUCCCACAAGAGCCGGCCCCGAUCCAAGGAGAACGGCUCCGCACUCAGUGCCAGUCACCAAUCGCAGAGCUUAGAUUUAACGGUGGAUGGCACAGUGCCUAGACGUGCCCUGCUUCCUUCCAAUAACGCUCUCAGAAACGCAGCAGGCCGAAAUCUACCACCAUUUAGUUCCUCACUAUCCCCAGUACCACACUCGCAAAGAGGGGGCUCGUCCGGGAUCACAGACUGGAGGAGUGAUGGAGGGUUCCAGGCACUGGAGGAAGAUGAGAGCAGCACGGACCUGACAUUUGUCGCAGAAGGCGACAUCACAAGCCCUAACAGCUCUCUCCUUCACCAUUCCCCUAUGCCUCUCCUUCCCUCCCCAGACCGACUGCACCUUCUGAGGGAGGACACUUUCCAGGACAGCUGGGCUCGAUCAGGUACCUCUCCUGUGUGAACAAACUACGCUCGCAUGUGUUAUCCUCACCUCUCUCUGGUCCCUCCUGAAGAUGUGUGUGAUUUCUGAGUGCUGUGGAUUUGCUGUGUUCCUCAUCAUAAGCCCUAUGCCAAACCCUGGCAAAACCACCUCCAUCCCAUGUACAUUUGACACCCUUUAAGCACUUUAAUGAAGAAUCGAAAAAGAGACUUCUACCUACAAUGCAUUUGACAGUUUAUUUUCCCCUGAAAGUAUUUUAAAACAACUAGCCACACACAAUCUUGACAAUCAUUGACUUUACCCAGCUUUUAUUCCACUGAGAGAAACAAUAGAAUUACUGUAGCCAGUCGGACUGAUUUAAGGUUAGUAGUGAACUGUCUUCCUUGCUUUCUGCAUAAAUCUGCCCUCUGGCUGAUCACAUGAUGGCCUUAACAGGAGCCACGACUGACUGAACUAAACAUGUGAUAGUUCUUCGACAUUAAAUAUAAACUACACAUCAGACUUGGAGUGUUUGAAGUGACAAACACCCUCGUUUAUGCAUGAUUAUAUUUAUCUGUUCAAAAGAGUUGUUCAAAUGAUGUGAAUACACAAAAUGGACUAAAACUUAAAUGGCCUCAAUCAGUUUUAGUACGACAAAGGCCUCACCUUACCUCUCAAUGGUUACCAGUAGCGUGCCUUCCAUGAACCUAUCCAUGAAACCUAAAUAUAUACAAAGAGUCUUCAAUAACUUCUCAUGACCUCACAUUUCUAUAUUUCAAUCUUAAAUUGAGACCUCAGAGCUUUUAUUUUUUUCAUUUGUCCAUCGUAUUCUUACGUACAUGCAAUUCAACAAUGUGUAGUUACGCAGAUCGCUUCCUGUUUAUCACCAUGACAUCACUUCCAUGUUUUUUUUAAGCUACGGUAUCAUAUGUUACUUAUGUAAUAUAAUCCUAAAAAAGGAUUAAUUUAUCCAGGAUGAAACUUCAGUAUAUCUUGAUAAAAUACUAAAUGUGUACAUAGUUUCUGUUACAUAUGUGUGAUUUAUUGCUAUGUUGAGUUGCCGACAUUGUUAAAUUGUUCUCCAUUCAGUUCCUUCCUGUAGCAGUCUUUUUUGUAGACAACCAAUAUCUCUACUUGGAAUGAUAUUUCUGCAAACCUGUAAAUAGAGUUAAAUAAAUGUUAGGGGUGAGAUCUUUCUCCCUUCCUCUUA